AUGCAGGAAGGGGUUCUUGCGAAAAUGGAGAAAACCAUACCAAAAUCGGAGCCGCAUACCAGCUUCACCAAGUAUCAGAUUUAUUACAUCGCGUUCACGGCAGCAUGGGCCGGUCUCUGUUCGCCGAUCUCGAACAACAUCUACUUGCCGGCUCUGAACAGUCUGGCUGAGGAUCUGAACGUGUCAAGCUCGCUGAUAAAUCUGACCAUCAUGUCGUAUAUGAUCUUCCAAGGCGUCGCGCCAAUGUUCGUGGGCGACUUUGCGGAUGUAGUCGGUCGUCGACCAGCCUAUAUAUUCUGUUUCGUCCUCUACACCGCAGCCAACAUCGGGCUGGCGUUGCAAAACAACUACGCAGCCCUGUUCAUUCUUCGGUGCAUGCAGAGCUCCGGCAGUAGCGCCACAGUCGCCCUCUCAUCCGGCGUGGUCUCCGACAUCGCGACGGCCGACAAGCGCGGCUCAUACAUCGGGUUCGUCACAGCCGGCACCGUCCUCGGACCCAGCAUCGGCCCUGUCGUCGGCGGCCUCCUUUCCCAAUACCUAGGCUGGCGCGCUAUAUUCUGGUUCCUAACCAUCAUGGGCGGUGUCUUCCUCGUGCAAUUCCUCCUCUUCUUCCCAGAAACAAGCCGCCGCAUCGUCGGGAACGGAUCCCUCCCUCCCCAGAAAUGGAACCUCUCAGCCAUCGAUUCCUUGAAAGCCCACAAUUCCAAAGACCCAUCACCCACCCCAGAACCGAACACAAACGCAUCCUCCCGCCCGAAAUUCCACAGCCCAAACCCCCUCCCCGCCCUACGCAUCCUCUUCGAAAAAGACACCUCCCUGCUCCUCUUCAUCAACGCGAUCCUCUUUGCCGGAUACUACGAUCUCACCGCAUCGAUGCCGUACCUGCUCGCCCAAAUCUACAACUACAACGACAUGCAGGUCGGCCUGUGCUACAUCCCCAUCGGCGCGGGCUGCUUCAUCGCCGCCUACCUAACAGGCUACCUCCAGGACUGGAAUUUCCGACGCACCGCACACGCCCUGAACAUCGAGCUCGUCGCCAACCGGCAGACCGAUCUCACGACCUUCCCGAUCGAACAGGCCCGCGUGCAGGUCAUGGUCCCGCCGCUCGUGCUGGGCUGUCUAGCGGUGAUCGGGUACGGCUGGGCCAUGCACUAUGAAAUGCACGUGGCGGUACCACUCGUGAUUCUGUUCUUCUGCGGCUUGCUGCUCAGCAUCGCGUUUGAUACUAUUAAAACGUUGCUGGUGGAUUAUUAUCCGGAGAAGGCGACGACGGCCACCGCGGCAAAUAAUCUCUGUCGGUGCUGGUUGGGGGCGGGUGCGACGGCGCUGAUUGUGCCGAUGAUUGAUGGCAUGGGGAGGCAGUGGUGCUUUACAUUUUUGGGGCUGGUUAUGUUACUGGCGUCGGCGCCGGUGGUGGUUGUUUUGAAGUUUGGGCCGCGGUGGAGGGAGGAGAGGAGGUUGAGGGCUUUGGGUGCUGGAUCUUGAGUUUGGUGUCGAUGG